UUGAAGAAUUUAGAGCCUUGAAACUAAGCCAAAUCUCAAUAAUCCCCUUUAUAAUAUUCAUCUCCAUACACCUAUGGAGUUUGAGGAACAAAAAAAAUCUUCCUCCUGGUCCAACAAAAUUGCCUUUUAUUGGUAAUUUAAACCAGUUGAUGACUCCAUCACCCCACAAAAAAUUAAGGGACUUAGCCUUGAAAUAUGGUCCUUUAAUGCACCUAAAACUUGGGAUGGUGCCAACAAUUGUUGUCUCAUCUGCUGAUACUGCUGAAAAGAUCUUGAAGGCUAACGAUCUCGCCUUUGCGGGCCGGCCCAAACUAGUCGCACCGAGAAUCUUGGGCUACAAUUACACGGAUAUCGCAUUUGCACCUUACGGUACGUAUUGGAGGCAAUUGAGGAAGAUCUGCAUCCUGGAGCUCCUCAGCUCGAGGAGAGUCACCUCGUUCGCGCCAGCAAGGCGCGAGGAGCUGACUCUGUUCCUCCGGUCCGUCGCGGCUUCGUGUAGCCGCGGAGAACCGAUCAACAUGGCAGAAAUGUUGUUUGCUUUAAACCAUGAUAUAACUACAAGAAUCACAUUUGGGAGGAAAACUGAUGAUCAAAUGAGAUUCAGGGCCGCAACAAAAGAAGGGACAGUAUUGGCUAGUGGCUUUCAAAUUGGUGAUUUUUUUCCUUCUCUUGCAUUUGUUGCAUUAGCCACUGGCAUGACAUCAAGAAUACAUAAAAUUUUCCUUGAGAUGGAUAGCAUAAUUAGCAGAGUUAUUGAUGAACAUAUUGAGAGAAACAAGAGAAACAAACCAGAAGAUGAAGAUCUACUUGAUGAUCUGCUUAGGAUUAUGGAAAAUGGAGAACUUGAAGUGCCUUUGAACAUUGACAACAUCAAGGCUAUUCUCUUGGAGAUGGUUGUAGCUGGAAGUGAAAAUGCUUCAAAUUCAGUAGAGUGGGCAAUGACAGAGAUGAUCAAGAAUCCAAAAGUACUAAUGAAAGCACAAGAAGAGGUUAGAAAUAUGGUAAAAGGGAAGCCAACAAUAGAAGAAAGUGAUCUACACAAACUAAGUUACAUCAAAAUGGUGAUCAAAGAGACACUAAGAUUUCAUCCACCAGUACCUCUUUUGCUCCCAAAAGAAUCCCUGGAAAACUGCAUAGUCAAUGACUAUGAAAUACCAAAAAAUACUAGAGUUUUAAUCAACUAUUGGGCAAUCUCUAGGGAUCCAAAAAGUUGGGAAAAUCCAGAAAAUUUUGAGCCUGAAAGGUUUGAAAAUGUGGCUGUGGAUUACAAAGGUCACGAUUUCGAGUUUAUUCCAUUUGGUGCUGGUAGAAGAAUAUGUCCAGGAAUUUCUUUUGGAAUGUUGAAUUUGGAACUUUCAUUAGCAGCUUUGCUAUAUCAUUUUGAUUGGAAAUUGCCUCAAGAAAUGAAACCAGAUGACAUUGAUAUGAGUGAAACUUUUGGAAUGACUCUUUUCAAGACUUCAAGUUUGCAUCUUGUUCCUACUCUAUGUUUUCCUAUACCAUCUUAAGGGUACUUUUUCUCUCAUUUUACAUUCAUGUACUUUGUUUGGAUGAAAGAAAUUGGUAGAGACUACU